AUGCAGCUUUCCCUCACAACUACCCUUCUUGCCCUCUUGGCCCUUUCGUCUGCCCUGCCCACUCCUCAAGAUGGCAUUGCCACUGAGUUCCCGGAGCCCGCUAUGACUGUUGGCGGUACCGUCACUGCAUUCGAGAACCGCCCGGACAUGGGCACCAAGGCCCGCGCCAAGCGUGAUGUUCGCAUCUCCAAGCGUCAGGUCGACGUGGCUCAACCCGCCAUGACUGUCGGCGGGCAGAUCACCCCAUUCCAGAACCGGCCUGAUAUGGGUACCAAAAACAAGGCGAAGCGCCAGGUAGAUGUCGCCCAGCCGGCCAUGACUGUUGGUGGACAGAUUACGCCCUUCCAAAACCGCCCGGAUAUGGGCACCAAGGCCAAACGUCAAGUCGAUGUCGCCCAGCCGGCCAUGACUGUUGGUGGGCAGAUCACUCCCUUCCAAAACCGCCCGGAUAUGGGAACUAAGGCCAAGCGGGACGUCCGUAUCAGCAAGCGUCAGGUGGAUGUUGCGCAGCCGGCCAUGACCGUUGGCGGCCAGAUUACCCCAUUCCAAAAUCGCCCUGAUAUGGGCACCAAGGCCAAACGUCAAGUCGAUGUCGCCCAGCCGGCCAUGACCGUCGGUGGACAGAUCACUCCCUUCCAGAACCGCCCUGACAUGGGCACAAAGGCCAAGCGGGAUGUUCGCGUCAGCAAGCGUCAGGUAGACGUCGCGCAGCCUGCUAUGACCGUUGGGGGACAGAUCACCCCGUUCCAGAACCGUCCGGACAUGGGCACUAAGGCGAAGAACUAA